AUGCCACCCAGGCGCGAUCCCCUACCACUGGGGUUCGAUUUUGUCACAAACGGCGGUGAUAGAGACUUGGACCACGCGGCCUACUUGUUCCAGCGGGCAACCAAGCUGCACAGGGAUAAAAAGUACGAAGAGGCCGCCCGGGUGUUCAACCAAUCCUACACCUAUGGCCACUGGAAGUAUGAGGUGAUCCUCGCCCUCUGCAAGACCCUAAUUCAACUCGCUCCCGCAAGCGUGUCGGCAGCGUACAGCAACAUGCAGCACCUGUGCAAACUAUAUGAACACCGAUGCGAGCCCUGGACACUGCUGGCGAGGAUCCUCCUGAUGCUCGACAAGCCCGGUCUCGCCCUGCGUGCCCUCAACUCUGCCGAGAUGCUUGUCAGCGAUGUCAACAACGAGCAUCAAAUUGACAACGAGCACGAAAUCAUCGUUCUCCGUACGCUCGUCGACGCCACCGUUCCCCAGGCAAAAGGGUUCGUGAACCUUCCUGCGGACAUUGUCAUCGCCGUCGGCCGUGCGGGCUUGUCCUCGGACCCCGAAUUUGUGGUCCGCAUGGCAGGUGUUUGUUCCGCUUGGCGUCUGGUGGUCCAAACCGCGCCCGUCCUCUGGUCGCGUCUUAAACUCGGUCCCAGCCAAUCCGUCCUCAAGCUUGGCAACUGGUUGGCCAAAAGUCAGGGAAAUAUCGUGUCCUUGCACCUAGUCGACUUCAAGUCAUUCUCAGCGGCCCAAAAAAAGACGGUCGGGACAAGUCUGUCCGACACGAUCAAGGGCCUGCGCUCUCUCGAGACCGAUUUCGUUUCAGUGGCCUGGCAUCACAAGUUCUGCAACCUGCAACACUUGGCUGGCAAGGGCCUUCGCCUAGAAACCUUGUUCCACCCGUCGAGUCGCAGCCUCAAGAAACUUGAAGCCUCGAUUAACAUUGACACCGCCGAAACGCGUCUCUGGGCUCCGUUCGUUUCCGACCUGGAGUUGUUCGACGGCUCAUGUGUGGGUGACACUGCCAAGUUUCUGCAGCAAACCCCAAAACUCAACUGGCUUCGUCUGUCGAAGGGGACCAUUGAACAUGCAGUUACGCUGCCGGCGCUUCGGCAUCUAGAGCUCGAACGUAAAGACCUGUUGGAGUUGAUCAACGCUCCGAACCUGCACCAUCUGAGUGCGGAGUACACCGACUUCAUAAAGGCUCCCCGACUGCGCAUUACGAAAGCCCAACUCGUAUCGCUCACCCUGACAACGGUCCAAUCUACGGCCCCAUCCAUUUUGGAACAGUUGCGUCCGCUGGAGGCCCUCAUUCACCUCAAUCUGGAUUUCUACGACAACAAGCGUCCCUGCAAGAGGUCGACUGGUGACGGCCUGCUCGAAGGCCUCAUGGUCAAGGAUGGCACAGGCACUUUCAUCCUCCCGAAACUUUUGACACUUUCUCUGGGCGGAAUUGAGGUUAGCGACGAUCUCCUGCUUGCCAUGGUCACGAUUCGCACCCAAAGCUCGGAAAGCGUCGCAAAACUCGUUUGGGUCGAGUACUUUCACUACGACUAUGUCAAAAAUGACCGGGUCAAGCCACCUCUGAAAAGCACUACUGUCACUGCGCUCAAGUUGCUGCUCCCCUAUUUUGGACAUGACAUAACCGACAUUCCCAAUCCCGAGGACGCGGUCAGCAUCCUCGCCGAAAGGGCAGCAGCCAAAGCAUCAGCUGUGGCAGGCGAGGGGGGCGAGCAGAUGGCAGGAGAAAGCAAACGCAAGGGUGGAGAAGACAACCUCGAACCUGGGGCGGACGCUAAGCGGGCCAAGGUGUGA